AUGUGGGCGCUUUUGCCAACUGAAAGUUGGGGUCUAAACUACCUGCCAGAUAAAUACUUCGCUGCAUAUUUACCAAUACUGGUACUUAUGGGUAUGUUCGUUUUUGAAUUCUUCGUAUAUCCGGGAAUUUGUUUGGCUAUGACACCCAACGUAGAUGAUGUGGAGUCUGUGAUGGAUACUGCUUUAUUAUUGCGACAUGCCGAGGGUGAUAAAUCUGUAGAUUCCAAGAAUAAUAGUGUAUGGGCGCGUGUUAGAUACAUUAAACAAGCGACACCACGAAAAGAACGCGAAGUGCUUUCCAACUGUGACUUUUGCAAUAGUACACAUCGUCUACCAGCAGCACAUGAACAGAUAUCUACAUUGAGGUUUUUGGAUUUACAGGAUGUUAAUAGUAUUUUUGAUUAG